UUUUUGGAAAUAUUAUUCAUUUUUUGAAUUUUUUUUUUUAAAUAUGUAAUAAAAUAUGUUAGUUACAAAAUCGUACAUUCAAGUUGAGUGAGGUAGUGUUUUAUUUAAAUUUGUUCUCUCCACGGAAUGGAUCCUGUCUUCUGAAUGGAUACGUUUAAUUGGUAUCUGGAGAAAACUUCAUCAUUGCAACAAAUCAAACCUGUAGGUUUAUAUGACCUUUCAAAUUUACAGUUAAGAUUUUUGUGCCCUCAAGAUAUCAACGAAGUAAACGCUUUGUGUGUAGAUUGUUUCCCUGUGGAAUACCCUAGAUCAUGGUAUGAAGACAUAACAUCAAAUCCGAAGUUUUAUUCUUUAGCUGCUAUUCAUAAAUCUGCUAUUGUUGGCAUCAUAGUAGCUGAAAUCAAACUAUAUAUAAAAUUAACUCCCAAGGAAAGAGAAGUAGUUUCACCAUCUGCGGGAAAAUUUACGCAAGUUGGUUAUAUCUUGAGUUUAGGUGUUAUUAAAGCAUAUAGACGUAAUGGCAUAGCAUCAUUGUUGUUAGAUAAUCUUGUAUCACAUUUGACUUCUGUAGAAUCUCAAAACUGUAAAGCAAUUUUUUUACAUGUACUUUCCAGCAAUUCUUCUGCAAUUUCCUUUUAUGAGAGGAAGAGUUUCAGGUUACAUUCAUUCCAUCCUUAUUAUUAUAUGAUUAAUGGAAUUAACAAAGAUGGGUUUGCAUAUGUGCUGUAUAUAAAUGGAGGACACCAACAAUGGAUGAUCUUUGAUGUAUUGAGGUACAUUUAUACUACAGUUUGUGAAUUGGGUGUUGUCAGAUGGACAAUUAGCAAAGCUCGAAAAGCCGCCAGACGUUUUUGGCCAAGAAUUAGGCGAAUUGCUUCACAGAAUACUAGUACUAUUAUGAUUGAUUGUAGCUGAGAUAUAUUAAUUUAAUACGAACAUUUCAAAUUUCAUCUGCCGUUCAAUUGAUAUAUAAAGUAUACAUUUAAUUUUUAAGGUAACUCUAUCAUAACAACACCGUUUGUCUUCUUAUUUAUUAAAUACUGUUGUAGUUAUAAGAAUUGUUUACACUAAGUUGUGUGUAUUCAACAAAGUAAAUAUCUUAUACAAAUAAAAUAUUUUUUUUAAGUUCAUUAAUCAACUAUCGGACAAAGAACGGAACACAAUGUUUUAGAGCUAAUACAUUUAUUUAUUUACAUUUACUGAAUAAU